GUUGGCUAUUCCGUUCUUCACCAACUUUACAGUUUGCAGCUUCCUUUCUACCUUUUGAUUGUCCUUUGGCAGUGUAAGAAACGCGAUCCAAGAUGGCAAAGGUAAAGUGUUCUGAAUUGAGGACAAAAGAUAAGAAGGAGUUGCUCAAGCAACUCGAGCUGCUAAAAACAGAAUUGACCACUUUGAGGGUGGCUAAAGUAACUGGAGGAGCAGCUUCUAAAUUAUCUAAGAUCCGUGUUGUAAGAAAGGCUAUUGCACGUGUCUAUAUUAUUAUGCACCAGAAGCAGAAGGAAAAUCUUCGUUUAUUUUAUAAAAAUAAGAAGUAUAAGCCCCUUGACUUGAGGCCCAAGAAAACUAGGGCUCUGCGUCGUGUUCUUACUCCUUACCAGGCCAGCAGAAAGACAUUGAAGGAGAUACGAAAGCAUUCUGCAUUCCCACAGAGGAAGUAUGCUUUGAAAGUAUAACGUGUACAUCUUUACUUAAUACGCAAAAUAAAUAUUUCAUAAAAAA